GGUGCGUGACACGUUUUUACUUUCAAAGUGCUAAUUUUGUUAAAUAAUAGAACGAAAGGAAAUCUCACAUCCGGCGUUCCAGCACACAGGCGUGUUAUUGUGGUCUGUGUGUGCGCUUGCAGCCAUGUGCUGAGAAGCUGCUUGAACUUCCUCGUCCUGCAGACGGAGGAUGGAGGAGGCGUGACGUCGCUGUCCGCAGACAGGCCCAUACAGCAAGGGGGAGCGAGGCGGAGACGGACGCUGCAUGCUGCCGCAGAGCAGACGGAGCAGCGGUCGAGGCUCAAAACAAACCGAGGCAACUUCACGGGGAGGGGGGACGGUGAAGGCGGCCAUAACAACAAUAGUAACAAUGCGGCACCGCCCGCGGACCCCGGCGCUGAUGUGACCGCGUGCCCGCUCGGAGCAGCUGGGAGGAAGCGGCGGACGGACGCCACCACCUCCUCUACUACCGCGGUGCGCGCGCUCGGUCUCUGUCUGGAAAGGUGGGGGACAUGUCCUCACUAACCGUAGAGGAGGACCAGAGGUGGGUACCGACGCACGUCCAGGUGACGGUGCUCAAAGGCAGGGGCUUGCGGGGCAAGGGCAAACACGGCACCAGCGAUGUGUACACCAUCAUCCAGAUGGGGAAGGAGAAGUACUCCACCGGCGUGGCGGAGAAGACCACCGAGCCCGAGUGGAGGGAGGAGUGCUCGUUCGAGCUGCUGCCCGGUGUGCUGGAGAACGCCGAGCGGAGCGGAUACCCGGCCGGGAGCAACGAGCUAGUCCUGACCGUGAUGCACCGGGCGCUGAUAGGACUGGACGUGUUCCUCGGUCAGGCUGUGAUUCAGCUGGAUAAACUAUUUCACGAGAGUAGAUACGUCAAAAACGAGUGGUAUAGACUCAACUCCAAGACGGGGAAGAAGGAGAAGGAGAGGGGGGACAUUCAGGUCACCAUCUUGUUCACCCGAAACAACCUGACGGCCAGCAUGUACGACCUGGUCAUGAAAGACAAGGGCGCCUCCACCUUCAGCAAACUCAAGGAGCGCAUGAAGGGCAAGAGGAGGCCCAGCGAUGAGGAGUCGUCCUCCGCCGUGGUGCCGGGUGGGUACAGCUCCCUGUACCGCAUGCGCCAGAGACUGCCGAGUGACGGAGGAGGGGAGGAAGACUAUGAGGACGACGAGGGCGGGGAGGUCCGGCGGAGCAAGAUGAGGACCUUCUUUCUGCGGGGGAAGCUGCGGAAGUCGUCUGACACUCGCUCCAGCACCUCCCUGGGCUCCGAGAGCAGUGAGUCUUCGUCGCGCGGCGGCAGCCUGAGUCCGACAGCUGGCAUCAGCGUGGUGGUGUCUGACCUGUCCAACUCCCCCAGCAACAGCAGCAACUUCACCGCAGACAACAGUCCAGAACACACAGCAAACACUUCGCCCAAGUCGUCCUCUCUCAGAUGCGAGUUCGGCGACGAGGCCGGCGAAAUCACCAUCGCAGUGCCUCCCCCGAUCGUUUGUGUAAACGGAAGCCAUGUGUCCAAAGUCCAGGCCCAGGAUCGAGGCUCAGGAAAACCGUCAGGUUCUUUAGGGCCAGGACUGCUGCUGCAGCGGUCCGUGGCCCACUCCGUUUCCCUGCAGAACCUCAGCACGCGGCCCACCGCCGACCUGCCCAAGGGCCCCGCGGGGGACGGCCGGCGCUGGUCCUUCGACAGGGCCGGUGAGGAGGAGAGGGCGGCCAUCGCGGCGGCCCUGGGUCAAAGCGGAGCUGGAGAGGAGGAGCGGCCGGCACCACCACCACUGCCAGAUGCCUCCCAGGCGGAGCUGGAGAGUCAGGUGAAAAAGCAGAGGAGGAACUUGUUCUCUCAUGGGCGGAGUGAGUCUGCGGGGAAGGGUCAGAGCCAGUCCAAGGGCGAGUCUGAGCAAAGCGCCGCCGCCACCGAGGAGAAACACAGAGCGUGGUUCGGAUCCAAGGACUCGCACAACAAACCCAGCCUGGUGGUCUCCACUAAGUUAGAGCCAAGCACUGACCCCCACCCACCACCUCUUCCACUUAGUCACCACCCCCCGGGUUUCCCCGUUGAUCCUACCUCUUUGGUUUCCGCACUGCACCACACUAACCCCUUUUCCCGUUCACAGACCGCACCGCCUCCCAUAUUCCAGUGCAACCCUUUCUACUCCCGCUUACAGCACAACCCCUUCUUUACAGAUAUGUUAACUAACCAGACACUGAAGUCACCGCUGCCUCCUUUGCCUUAUCUUUCCAGCUCCCGGCCCCCAAUAACUGACCUCUUUCCACAGUCAAGUAAUCCUGACUUGAUGCAAGACGACCCGACAGUAGAGGACUCGGCUGAUGCCAAAGACCAACCUGUUGAAAGACCUCUCCCUCCAGUUCCCUUAGCAAAUAAAGAACCUUUAAUCAAGAAGUCGUCAAACCCCUUUCUGUCUGCUGAGGAGCGUAACCUGGACUCGGAGUGGAACGAGUCAUUUGAGGCGUUUGCAGCUGGCAGACUGAAGUCUCCCGAGGAGCUCGCCAUGGAAAGCAGAACACAACAAAACACAGUCGAUGACCAUCCACUGGAACACGACCGCAGUAAAGGUGAAUUACAAAGAGUCGCAGAUGCAAACGAGCAAACAAAUGUUAAUGACGUUCUCUAUGAUCAGCCUGGGGGCAGAUUUUUAUCCAGUGAACUUUCAGUUCCUAUCCAGAUGAGGAACAACAACGCACUUCACUUCGACCACUUUCCACAAUUCCUUGAAACGAUCCCAGAACACAGAAGCUUUGACAGCGAUGACUCGACGUUAAACACUCCUACUAACUCCCCUGAACCGACUGACUUCAUUGUGACCGAACGGGACAGCAACACUACUAAUGAUUUUACGCACACUAAUAUCAAUACUGCUCCCUUUCACACCUCAUCUGCACAACUCAACAACAACAACAGCAGCAGCUCUCCAGACCCCAGCUCGUCGGGCAUCGGCAGUUCGACUGAAGAAGACGGGCUCUCCUGUUUUUCAUCUCAAUCUGAGAAAUUCUCUGUGUCGUCCUCUGAGGAAGCGGAAAGCACCGUCCUUCGCUUCAAGAAUUCCUCCGACUCGACUGCUGUAAAAACCGUAAAGACCUCAGAGUCUGGAAACGCCAUCGCUGACAAGUCCAUUGAUCAGUUUUUGAUUGAUGAUUCACAUAAAACUGUCGAUCAACCAAAGGAUAGUCAUGUUGAAAUGGUUGGUUGGAACUUUUUUGAGGACUCGUUUCAGCCUUUUUCUCUAACGACAUCGGAAAAGGAAGCAGAAAGUGAACCUGGAGGUAGUCAAACACCUAAAACUCCUGAUCUGAACCCUGAUCUGUUGCCGACACUACAGCCGACGUCUGUUGUGUCUCAGCAAUCAAGCAAUGAUUGCUUGAUUGCUCCUUCGGAGGAUUUUAACGCUCGUUCUAAGAACAGUGCCACAGAAGAAUUGAUGCCUGCUUCUUCAGAUGAUGAAUUCUCUUCCACACUACCAUCGGUACCUGUCAUAAUCUCUUCCCCCGAGGUCAAGCAGGAUUUGUUGGAUGUGACCAAUGAGAACACUGGUUCAGAGGAGCAGAAAGUUCGCCCUUAUUCUCAUGUGGAAUUUGGGAUUUUUGAUGAAUACCUCAGUGUCAGUCACCUUGCAAGCAGUCCUGGUCAGGACUUUGACAGCGCUUGGUUGAACAUACAGACGCCUGAACAGAGUAGCAGCACGUCACGCCAGAGCCAUUAUUUCAGCGCUGACUCGCAGGACUACCUAACCUGUGAUUCUCACUCAUUCUCCAACGGGUCAGAGCUGAAUGAAACGCUAUUCUCGGCUAACUCAACUCUCCGUGGCGAGAUGAGCGACAUUCAGGCCGUCCCUGAUGAUCUUUUGACAAUGGGUCAUACAAAUCUAUCCCAGUCAUCAAACAUUGAGGUCAACCACAAUGAAAUAUUUGGAGACUUCCUCCAGGGGGAUCAAGGUAACUUGGUGAACCUGGAGACAAGCCUCACAGGGGGCGAUGGAUUGCAGGUUCUGCCUGCUCCUCCUCCAGACAACAGCUCUACUCCAAAGAUCCACAGUGAUAUAGGGGAGGGAAAUCAGGAUGACAUCUUCUUACAGCCUCCACAGGGGCAGCAUGCCGCGCUGCAGCGCUCUCUUUCCGAGGGCACCCUAGCACCUGCCUUUGACCAACUUCUCCCGUCCUCUUUCGGGAGCGAUCCCUGCGCAAUACAGGAAUCCUCCUUCGCUCAGCUAGACCCUGUCUUCCCUUUCCCUAACACAUUUGCUCCUUCUCUAAUUCCUGAAAGCAGUAGCUUCCAUGUAGCGUUCUCUGCCCUCUCUCCCCUCGCAACCAUUUCGGCGACAGAGCCACCCGGCUCAGAGCCCGGCACCACGCCAGAGCCGGACGCAACCGAGCGGCGGCAAGCGGCCGAUCAGCCGAGCAGCCCCCACCCAGUGAAGCCCCUGACCACUGCCAUGCUGGCUGAGGAGAAGCGGUCAGUGCUGGCCACCGGCCUGGAGAAGCUCAAGUCCACCAUCCAUCCGGGGAGGAGCAGCCAGAUCGAGCAGGAGGCAGACAGGAAGAAGUCUCUGACGGAAGGAGCGGGCUCAUACUACCACCUGACCCACAGCGAGCUGGUGGCCCUGCUGGUGCAGCGCGAGGCCGAGCUGGAGGGGCAGAGGGCCGAGUUCGAGCGUCAGAAACUGUUGCUGGCCAAGCGGGAGGUGGAACUGAAGAAGCUGAAGCCUCAGGUCCGAGACCUGGAGGACUACAUCGACACUCUCCUAGUGCGAAUCAUGGAGCAGAAGCCAACGCUGCUACAAGUGCGCCCCAAGUUCAAAUGAAAACAGACAAAAAAAAAAAAAAAAAAAAUAAAAAAAUAACUGACCUUCUAGUUCACGUGUUCACUCGAAAACCUCCACAACAGCUCUCUGUUUUAGUCACUGCUACGCUGUCCUUUUUGAUACAGAUAUUUAGGCACCCAGAGGUGUCGAGGUGAUGUUUUCUAGCUGGCAUGCUUCCCCCUCGGCCCCCUCUCCGUUCUGUUUCCUCGGCAGUGGCGGUGGCGGGUUUGUCUCCAGUGGUUCUGAAUGUAGCGCGUCCUCAGGUUGUCGUCAGGCUCCCAGAGCCUGGUGGAGGGUUCCAAACCCAGGCGCUGCCAGUCUGGCAUCCUGAUGCGAAUCCUCUUUCUUCACCGCGCUUAGCGCCUCUGUUGUCACAAAAUGUUCCUAAAAUGGGAAUUUAAAGUGUUUAUUUAUUUAUUUUUUUUUUCUUUUGUCCAGUUACAAACAAACUGUCAGAUCAGCGCGGGGGCAUUUUCAUGGCUUUCAGACUGAUCUCCUCAUCUUAAGGGUGGAAGAUGUCUGUUUCCUCGUGUGCCUAGAAAGUGCUUGCACAUUUCUUACGACGUUUUGACGCUUAAAACUGGAAGGUGUUGUGUUUGUCAUGCGGAAGAGAACAGGAGAGAGGAUUUCUGACAUGAGGCAUCAGCAGGUUUUGGGUUUUAUUUUCAUAAAUUGACUGUUUAUCCAACCUUUCUAUAAGAUGGUUGGAAUGCACUUGAAGAGAAUCCCCCCGCCUUCACUGCACUCGCACAGCAGCAAAUUGUAACUGAGGGAUAACGCAGCACGGCGGGGAAGUCACAGUCACCCUGCAAGUCAAGGCUUGACCGACAAAUAUGUCAACUACAGGCAAGAAUGGAAGGAAAGGAAGAGAAA